AAAAAAAAAAACAACAAAUAAAUGAGCAUCGUUUUGACAUUCAGACAUGAGUUAAGUAUAUUUGUAAAUGAGUUAGUCCAGAAUGUACCCUGAGGACUUUUAAAAAGCAAUUAAUACAAUCAUAAUGUUUUAUCUGCUCUUCUCUCUCUUCAUUUGAUUGAACCAUGGACUUUUAUCCAUCUUCAGCACCUCUGAUCCUCUCAGUGUUCCUUCAGUGUUCCACCUGUGCCUGAUUUAAAUGUAGGUUCUUGAUCUACAUGAUUCGUCUCCUGAUGGAGGCCUCACUGUAUAAUCAGAACCAGGAACUAGUGUCACAUUUGAACAAGCCAUAAUGUGAAUAAUAAUAACGGGUUAUAAUAAUAAAAUAAUGAUGAUGAUAAAAACAAUACUCAUAAGGUUAAAAAAGUCCAAGCAUUAUUGAAAUUCUACAGGUUAUUUGUAGAAAACCUGGAACAUCCCAUAAAAUAUUUUUGUUAAAGUCACAAUAGAGAUUUUACCUGUGAUAAAUUAAGGUUUCUUUUUUUUUCUUACUUUCUUUUAAAGGUUCCUGGCAAACCUUGACCCCAAAUACUGAUUAUUUUUUCUAGGUAUGGGGAAAAAAUGGGUUUUAAUGAUGCAGUUGUUUGUGGUCAUUAUCCAGAGUUUUUGCAUUUAGGGAAAUUUGUAGUUUUUGUUAUAACUUGACUAGUUCACCACAUACAUAAAAAAGAGCCUCUAAUGGUGGUACUCUAAUUAUUAUUAGUGAACAUUUUAUUGCAGUCUAUACAUAUUUAUACAGUAAUAUUGAGAUAAUAAUGCAUUUGAGAUAUUCAUGUAAGCAUAGUCCCAGAAAUAAAGCAAAAGCUCUUUGUAUAGCAGCAGAAAAUUACAUGCAUGUUAACUAAUAGAAUAAUUUUUAAAAAGCAAGAACUCAGAUUGUUCAUAAUUAAACAAAAAACAAACACAAAUUUGCAUUAAAUAUUUAUGAAAACUGCAACAAAAAGUAAAGAUAUUUAGUAGAAGAAAACAAAAUAUUGAAGAAAAGUCUAGAAAGUUGAUCUUAUGUGUUGUGGAACAGAUGAUGUUGUUUGGCUUCAUUUUCUUCCUCCUGGCAAACAACGAGUUAAGUGAAUGUCAAAGGUGAGCAGCCAUUAAACUGAUCAAAUGAAUCAGGUCUGUUGAUGAGAAGUGCUAUUAUUACUAAACUUAUAAGUUAGCUUUAUUAAGAAUAUUUGUGUUUUGUUUAAAUGAACUUCUGUAAAUAAGGGUUUGAUCACUCAGUAUACAUCUUUAAUGCAGUAUAUUCUCAUUUCAUCAAAAAAGAUAAAUGAUGUUCUAUGAGAUUAAUAGCACCACACAUCCUAUCAGGGAACUGUACAACAAAAUCAGAUCCAAAUAAUUUAAAAACUUAAUUUUUUGACUAUGUCUUACAGAUUUCUUUAAACCUCUAAGCCUACAACACUUUUCAAUAUUUCAAUUUGGCUUAAAGAAUUUAAUAAUCAACAUAUUUUUAUCUAGUCUUCCUACACUGUGCAGUGUCUCAUUGUAUAUACUUGCAGUAAAUGUGACGCCCCACUGUCUAUAAGAGAAAACAGUUGUUAUAAAAUAGCAUUAAUAAUUAUUCACAAAGUUAACUUAAUAUUUAUACAGAAAAUUAUUACAGAGUUAGACCAUUUAAGAUACAAGCCCAGAUGUUUUGAAAAUGUUUUGUGGUGUAAUUUAGCUCAUUGUGUUCGACCAUGAUGCCUGUUAUUAAAUUAGUAGGGAAAACAGGAACCUUGACAGCCUUAAAACAUCACCCAAAUUGUUAAUAAGAUGGCAGCCCCAUGCUGUGCAGGCAUUUGCAGCAGAAAGGACCAGUAAACCACAAAAGUGAAUAAAAAAAGAAGUGCAUAUACCAUAAAGAUAAAGCUUAGGCACAAAUAGGUCUUUUAGACUAAUUAUUUGUCCUAAAAAGUGAAAAAAGGCUGAGCUUGAUUUAAUGACAGACAACAAGACAACAUUGUGUUGUGUAUAUAUUUUAUACUGGCUAUGUAGAUCUUUAUCCUUAAUGUGGCUUCCUUGAUCAUUAACAUUUUCCCUUUAUGAUCAGACUCCCACUGCUCCUAGAAAUAGCUAACAUUUCAUCUUAAUAAACCACCAUCGAUCCCAAAACUUUCCACAACAUGGUGGACUUUAGGUAAUAGAAGGGAGAUUGGAUUUUUGAAAUUCUGCUGACCAGUCACAGGUCCAGUCUAGUCAAGACUGAAGGUUUGAUUCUGGUAGUUAAUAGUAUUCUGAUUUUGCUUUCCUCUUUUAAACUGGGUGAUUCUUCAAACUUCUAUAAUGCUUAAACAUCAGAGAAGUGUGCCUUAUUUAACGCAGACUUGUCAUUUGCUCAAAAAGCUAUACAUUUUUUUAUUUAAGUGAAAGCAUUAAUAGGCCAUUAACUGGAGGUUGAUAUCAGAGAAAUAAUUGAUUAGAAAUAUGAUGACACACAAUGUACUUAAACUAAUGACCAUAGAUUUUAUGACUCACAGCUGGCAAAUAUAGCUUAAAAUUAUAAGUCAUAAAUCAUAUGUGAAUGAUUUGGAGGUCAGUGCUUUGCUAAACACUACAGCAACUGUUAGAGAAGCUCUGUUUUCUCUACAUUAAACAUGCUACUUCUACUUUAAUGUCAUCAUUUACACACUAUUGCUCUAUUUUCUUUUUACUACUUCACCACCUCAUCUCAGCAUGUCAGGCUGGUGCCUCGAACAGCAGCCAUCUGCAGUGCAUUACAGCUAGUUCUCCUCCCUGCGUGGAAGGGUGAAAAAAAGAGGGCAUAUAUCUAAAAUCUGCUGAGUCUGCACCGCUAGUUGUGGUGUUCUUUAUUACCAGCACACAAGGCUAUUCUCCUGCCAGAACAGACAGCUAAACAUCAGGCAAGUGAAAAGGUCUCAGGGAGGAAAGCUUUAUUGUUUUCUACUCGCUUCUUUGAUGUGCUCGGCUUGUUUUGUUUUACAGAUUGUGCAUACUGCGUAUAUAUGUGAGCAGAUAUCAUGCAAUCAUCCUUUGAGAAGGAUAAAAAAAUGCCAUUUAAUAAAAAACGCCACCGUGUUUCUUCUAGGCGUCUGCUCACACAGACCUGGCAAACGGCAGUUCUUGCUAUAGCAAUUGACAGAAACAGGUGUGAUGAUGAGCAGCAGAGUAACAAUAUUAAGCACUGUGCAGAACCUCCUGGGAUGCAACAGCGAACUGGAGCAUCCCAGUCCUGAGACAGAUGAGGCAGACACCCUCCCAGACUGGUGAUGUCAUCCCCGUGGAGAACCUCCAGUGCUUUGUCUCUCAGCAGUACUGCAGAGUACAGCCACAGGCACACACACACUCACUCACACACCUGUCUGUGACAUUCGGCUUUUGUCACUCAGGUUCGAAGGCUGCUUGAGCCAAAGAGUACUGCUUUUUUCCCUCAGCCUUGCAGCAAAAUGGCGCCCCAGAUAUCACGCAUCUUGGAGAGAGGUGCUCCAUUGUGACCAGGAGGACCAGUAACAACUGCACACUCCAGUCUGCAAACAACACAAAUCGCAUAUAUGUGCUGUAAACAUGCAGGAGUUUGUCUUGUGGCAACAAAGCAGGAGCAAACAAAAGGAUAUGUGCAUCAGGAGCUCAUGCAGAGGAGAACACUCAAAGCACACCAGCAGAUACUGUAAACACAUUCAGGUUGUUAUUUCCUAUGCAAAUUGGAGUGCCAUGGUUUUACAGUAUGACUGUAGAGAUGAAGAUGCUCCUCAAAGGCUUUUGUUGCAUCAGAGUGUUGAAAAAGACAACUGUUCAUAGCAGGAUCAAAGCGUAAAAUGCUGCCUAGGUAAAAAAAAUGCUAGGAUACAGACAGUGGAUGUAUUAUGAUUAUUCGGUAGGUAUAGCAUUAUCAAGCUUUUCCAUAAUCCAACAGAACCCCUGACAGAUUUCUGUGGUAAACAGAGCUUUGCAAAGGCAUUUUUAUCCCAUGGGUUUAUCCACAUUUUGUCACAACCAAGAACUUUAUUUUAAUGUGCUGGACCAUAAAUAGCUGAUAAUUGGGAAAGUAAAUGAAAUAAUCCAUGGUUUUAUGAUAUUUUUUGUUGUUUAGACACCUAAUGUGAAUAUGUGUCUUUGCAGUUGAUGCCUUGACUGAGCACUUUGUUGAACCAGAAAUGUUGCAGUGAUGUUGCAGUUUUUUGAGGAAAGCACGUUUGGUGACAACAGCCCUGCAGACACAAAAGGUGAAGCGCCACGAAGACAUUGUCAGGUAGGUAGAGAGCAGAAUAAUGGAAUCAAAACUAUUGUCUGCAACCUACCUGCUGCUGGGCUCCCUGUCUGGCCCCGACAGAGACCAUCAAGCGGAGAGAGAAAGAGAGAGAGAGAGACGAGAAGGGGAGGGAGCUGAGAGGAGAAACAGAAUCACUCUGGCUGUGAGAGAAAGGAAAGGAAGAGGCUGACUCUGAGCUGGGCCUGACUGUUCAUCUGUCACUUUCCAUAAAUCUGGACAUAAAUUAAAAUUCAAAUAUUUUCUCUGAUUUUUCUCGCUGAUACCCUUCUCACUUUUUCUUGACACGUACGUGAGCGUUCAACUCCCUUUUUAUCUGCCCCUCUCCUCCUCAUCUGCGCCACCUCCCUCCUCAGCUCACGCCAUCUCUGUGCUCUGCAGUAAAACUGGUGCAUUGAGGCAGCAGGAAAUGGGGACUAGAAACAAUAGAAUGGAGAGAAGAACAGAAGGUUCUGUCUGCAAAUGUCUGCAACCAGAAAAAUUAGAAUGCUGUCCCGUUUUGUCACCAUGGAACCCAGGUUUGAAUAAAAACAAACAUUUAGUUACAUUUUGAGCUCCAAUUGAAAAUGUGCAGGGCUAUUGUGUGGCUGGCAAGUGUUUGUUUGCUGAUUUGCCCCUCUUUGAGCUGCUAUGACUGCUUCAUCGACGUCGAGGAGAGUCUUCGGCUGUGCUGGGGUCACGUUCUGACAAACACCAACGUCAGAAACAUGGACGAAUGCUUCAGGAAGCUGGACCGCAUAUUUAACACCAACCAGACAGUGAUAGAGGCUGGGAGAGUGGGUGAAGGCUUCGACAUCAAGCUGAAGGAGAUCCUAGAGGCAGAGAUUUUGCCCAUAGUGGAGGAGUUUGACCAAAACCUGAAUAUGGACACUGUGUACGAGAGGAGGUUGCAGACAGCAGCAGACAAUUUCAUUGCAGCUGCCUCCAAACUGCCUAGAGUUUCUGGCUGCUUUCCUCCAUGUGGUUUCCAGAAUGCAGGUGCUGUGUACAACUGCAUCACCUGCCAAUACGACUCCUGUGAAUUCCCACUCGACUGUCCAGUUGAAGAAAUUGAAGUAAUGGAGAACCACAAGGCCCAAAUGUGGUGUGAUGUGGCAUUUGACCUACCAAGUGAUAUUGAGGUGAUCUGGAGGUUUGCAGAAGAGAUCAAAACACAGGAAAUGGACCAGUUUAUAGAGGUGACUGCAGGUGUAGACAGACUUUACUCCAUUCCAUCAACUAGCCUGCAGCAUCAGGGCACCUACCAGUGUGAGAUUUACUCAGGCAGUCGCUCUAUUGUCAGGAUCUACUUCUACAUUACAGUGACCCCCCAGCUUGUGGCAGGCCACACAGAGCUGCAGGAGAUAUUUGACCUGUCUCUGCUCCCAGGAGGGCAGUUACUCACUGCGCCUGGUGCUGCUCCGCGCUCCUUUCUCCCCCUCCUCCUCGUUCUUCUCACCACCUGUUUAACCACUUCACUGCUGCUGCUGUUCCUCACCCUGGGGGUACUGUACUGGUCUUCAUCAGAGGAAGACCAUAAUGAGGGAGAUGCAGAUGACGAUGAUCACUUUGAAUUUGAAAUGUCAUAGGUUUUGACUGGAAGAAAAGAAAAGGCCCAGAUUUGUGUUGGAGCCAUUAAAGAACUCUUCUUCUAUAUGUUAAAGUUUAUUUUAUUUUUUUUCUUAACUUUGGUUGUCUG